AGAGUUGAGCCAUGAGCGCAUAGGGAACGCGCACCUUGACAUUGCUGCCAUUGUUAUCCUAACAGCAUCUGUUCUUCAAUUUUGUAUUAAAAUAGGCCGGUGCUGAUAAUAGACUUAUGUUCGCAUCAUUUCCCAUCCGGAAUAAUUUGUGCACUUUCACCGUAAUCACCCAGCCAUGGCUGUUUGAGCGCAAAUGCGCACCGGUCUGCGCAUCUUUGAAUCUUCAGAACUACACUGUGGACAAUCUCCCUGACAUCGAAAGACCUCUUUCCGCAAUCCGACCAUAAUACUUCCGUGAAUCCGACGAAGGAAGCUUCUUCACCGCCUAUGGCUGCACAUCGGCAUCCCUGAGCCGCUGGCCUUGUCCUGGACCAUUAAUACACCACUGUCUGCCUAAGGUCUUUCAAUCCCGGAUGCAUAUCUCUGUCCAUUUUUUAAUCAUCCUCGGCUGACUUAUUUUAAAGGAAAUCAGUGCUAUGCUCGGCCCAUCUCUCUCUAGAUCCUGUGAUCAAUAGACGAUCUCUCCUCCCACAUUCGUCCGACCAAGACCCUGGUACUCGAGCCCCGACAAUGCAUCCCGACGCAGCGAUGCUGGCCGUGGUCCUUUUUGGAAACUUGAUGCUGCCUUUCAUCUCGGCACAGAACGCUGGGUUUGUGAAGUCGCCAAUGUCUGAGACUAAGCUCACGGGGGACACCUUUGAGCUGAACUGCGACGUGGUUGGUAACCCCACUCCGGAGAUCCAGUGGUGGUAUGCUGAGAUCAACCGAGCCGACUCCUUCAAGCAGCUGUGGGACGGAGCCCGCAGGCGCCGGGUAUCCAUCAACACAGCCUACGGUGCCAACGGGGUCAGCGUGCUAGGCAUCACGCGCCUCACACUGGAGGACUCGGGGACCUAUGAGUGCCGGGCCAGCAACGACCCAAGGCGCAAUGACCUCCGACAAAAUCCUGCCAUCACCUGGAUCCGCGCCCAGGCCACCAUUUCGGUGCUACAGAAGCCAAAUAUCAAUGCCUCUGAUCAGAUCAUCCUGUCAGCGGACAGCCCUGGACUGCCUGUCACCCUGCAAUGUAACCUGACCAACGCCCAUAACGCCCACCGUGAAAGCUUCUGGAUGAAGAAUGGACAGGAGAUCCCCAAUACACGGACAGAGGAUAAAAACAUGACAUACAGAAUCAAUAAGCCAAGGGCGGAUGAUGCUGGGGAAUAUAUGUGUGUUUAUACUUCUGCAAUGACACCAAAUGCAAAUGCUACUAUUGAAGUAAAAGCUCCACCUCAUAUCACUGGCCACAAACGAAGUGAAAAUAAAAAAGAAGGGGAAAAUGCAACGCUGUACUGCAAGUCUGUUGGUUACCCACACCCCACUUGGACAUGGCACAGACUGGAUGGAACAUCUUUAUCGGACAUUGACAACUCCUCUGGACGCUACUUCAUCACCAACAGAGACAACUACACAGAACUGAAUAUCAUAAACUUGGAUAUAAGCACAGAUCCUGGCCAAUACCAGUGCAAUGCCACUAACGUGAUUGGCAACAACACUGAGAUCACUAUUCUACGAGUGCGCAGCCACCUCGCACCGCUUUGGCCUUUCCUGGGUGUGCUAGCUGAAAUCAUAAUCCUAGUAGUCAUCAUCGUUGUGUACGAGAAACGCAAGAAGCCAGACGAAAUCAUGGACGAUGACGAACCAGUUGGACCAGUGAAAACAAAUUCAACGAACAACCACAAAGACAAAAACAUUCGCCAGAGGAAUACAAAAUAAGCUAUUUACUCAUUGAAAUGAGAUGGCUAGACUGCAUAUUUUGACCACAUGAAGGUAUCCGACGUGGAGAGAGCUCCGGGCAGUUUUUACAAAAAGCAUAUCUUGUCUCAUUUUAUGAGAAACAAUAUCAGCGUAACACUGGCAACAAAAAGAACAUAAUGGCUGUCUUAAGCAUGCCUUAUUCAGUCUUACAUGAAGAUUUCAGGAUGAUGAUGAAGACUAAAACCACCACAGAGAUGUACACAUUUUUAAUGUGCUGUUGAUGUCUCCUUUAUUCAUUUUAUCAUGUCCUCAAAUGAGGUGAUCCUUUUUGUAUUACAUAUCAUGUAAAAUGCAUGCAAAAUAAUUACGCAAUAGGAUACUCAGAAUAGACAUUUUCUGUUGUUAUCCCUCAUGUAAGUGUGGCUUUUUUUGUCCAAAAAGACCUAUGUUUUUUAUGGAGUCAUCCUAAAUGAAAAAAAUAUUGUUUUAUUCUUGAGGAUUUGUACAGCAUAUCAUAGUCAUUUAACUCUGUUUGAUUUUGUGACAAGGAGUCUACUUUUAACAGAACUUUUAUUGUGAAGCAAGGGCUUCAAUGACUGGCAGUAUUUCAUUGAGAGUGAUUACAGAAAAUGACAACUGUGUGUUAAACUAGCUAAAUGAAAAUGACAAAUAAGUGUAUUCUUUUAUUUUCUUUCCAGAGUAACUUAGGUGUCUUGUAUAUGUUGCGAUAUGAGUGUUCAAAUGAUAGCAAAUCUGUAAAAAAAAAUUAUGAUGAUAAUUUUUAUAUUUCCCAAUUUAUUUGAUUGAUUUUUAUUUUUUCUCUCUUUAAUUUUACAGCAUGGCUAUUAUCCUAUGCAAUAUGUAUUUCUAAAUAGAUAUAUGGAGGGCAGUUUGUUUUACUCAGUGAAGCUUUAAUAUUGUGGGAUCACUUGGAAGCUGGCAUAGCAAAAUACACUGCUGUAGCUGCAUGACUCCUCUAUCAAUACAGUGUAUCCAUGUGUGUUGCAGUGCAAAUGGACCUGCAUUAGGGUGGGAAGAGAGGGACCAGAGUAUAUAGCCACGAUCAAACAUAUGAGACCAAUAAUUUUUCUGAAUAAAAAGCUCAAAAAACAA